AUGGACCUGGAGCCGCUCGAUCCUGCCUAUGUAGCGGAAAGGCUUUCGCGCCCUCCGUUUGUCGCGUGCGAUGGAGUCUACAACAUCAGAGAUCUUGGAGGAUACCCGUCGUCAACCUCAGGUGUGAUUGUAAGACGGGGCUUCGUGUAUCGUUCAGGAGAGAUAUCCGGCAUUACGGAGGAUGGAAAACAACAGCUAAAGGCCUUGGGCGUCACCACUGUUUACGAUUUGAGGUCGGACACAGAAAUGGAGAAGUACAAUACGCCACUUCCGAACAUUCCUGGGAUCGACAUCAUCCAUGCUCCUGUGUUCCAGAAAGAGGAUUACAGUCCUGAGAUGAUGGCCAAGCGCUACAAGCUGUACGCAAGUGGGAAGACAGAGGCUUUCAUGGAACUCUAUUCGCAAAUCCUCGAUCAUGGUGGUGUUGCUUUCGGUGCUAUCCUUCGCCACAUCAGGGAUAGGCCUAAUGAUGCUUUGCUAUUUCAUUGCACCGCGGGGAAGGAUCGGACUGGUGUUAUAGCAGCAAUUCUGCUCAAGCUAGCCGGAGUCGAUGAUGAAAUAGUCGCGGAGGACUACAGUUUAACUCGUGUCGGACGCGAGCCAGCUCGGGCUAUGGUGAUGGCACGACUAGCAAAGGUGUCCAUGUUCGCUGAGAAUAAUGAGGCUGCUUUGAACAUGUUUACUUGCCGCCAUGAGACCAUGAUUGCUUUUCUCGCACUUCUGCGAGAAAAGUACGGAGGUCCAGAAGCAUAUGUUAGGCAGUACAUCGGUUUAGCGGGUACUGACAUCGAAGUCAUCAAGCGGAAUCUCCUGUACCCUCAGACAUGAACGAAGACCGCUACACAAUCGGGAUUAUGGGAACAGAAGCAUCAGGGGAGACACAAUGCAGCGUAGAGUACUGUUUCUCAUGAGCCUAUAAUAAACCCUGGACAUAGCAUGGAUAAAUACAUCAAGUCUUCCUACUCAAGCUAAGCGUCCGUUUUGCCUUUGACUGCCCUUGCUGCAAUAACGCGGUGGGGCUCGCAGGUCUAGCGGAUGAGCUAGUCAGAGCAGAACUAAGCAAGCCGUUGGCUCCCCGUGCUCUGGGGUUCAGGGGCGAAAG